AUGCGAGACCCUCCCCCACGAACGACUGGCUUCUUAUCAAUUCCUUGCCGUCGGCCUCAUCCUCCAGCCCUACGCAACACAACUCAGUUGAUGAAACAAAUGAAGCCUAUGUCAACAUUGAGAAAGACGGGCCAACUCUCACCAGAUCUCCAACGUCCCAGUCUCCGUACACGAUGCUCGACAACAUCCGGAGCCAGCAGUGUGCCUUCAACCCCUCUCGACGAAAUUCCUAAACCAUUAUGGCCACGAACAGUCAUUCGCACGGCUUCCACUCCCGAGGCGAGCAAUCCCGACCUCUCCAUUGACGAAAUCACUUCAACAAAGCUGUCACUCGACGAUGAAGCCUUCUUGACCAGUUUGCCCUACGAUGUACAUUGCAAGCACGGAAAGACUUGGAACUUUGGUGUGAAGAAAGGCAUUGCGGACAUUUGGGAAGGUAACUCGGGUCGACUGAAGAAAAUGACAAAGUCGCUGAGGCAGCUGCCAAACGGCUUUUUUGCUCGCAAAGACCGAGCAUCAACAUCAGCUGCUCAAAGCGUAUGUCUUACACGCCCUUUCACAUCCGAACCGACUUUACCGCAACCAGAACUCGUGACCGAAUCCUGCGUGCCGCGAUCUAUGCACUCCACCGAAAACCGAGAGCCUGAAGGGUCAAAUAGCGAACCUCUUCUUGUACGUAUAAGUCCUCCGCCUUCGACAUUGCUCUCUAACACCGUCGCCCUGCAGAUGGACUAUGAUUGUAAGCCGAAAGAGACUGUAUCUUGCUCGGAGGAGAUGUCCAAGAUAUCCUCUGCGAUACGCAAAGAGCUCAAUGAUAGUCGUAAUCAGCAUGUGGUGACGUCUGAAAAGUCAAAGCGAGCGCCCCCUCAUUUCAAGUCGGCCCCAACCUAUUAUACGUAUGCCUCGUCAUCGUCGACAAUACAUACGGCCGAGGAUCGACUACUGCAUGGCCCGCGUUCUUUCAAGGCUCCUGACCGCCAGCAACCAACAAGAUCAUCGUCCGUUGGAAGUGUCGAGGAAUUGCGGAGUCAUGCCUUUGGAGCCCAAAGAUCCAGCAGACCGAGCAUAUCGAAUGUUUCAGUCGGACAUAACUCAGCACCCAGUAUCAGCCGAAUUACCCAGCCAGGCUUGCGGCCGGGGACCAAUUCCGAGUCCGGCCAUUCCGUUAGCGGCACGACAGCGGUGCCAAAACCUGUGGUGUUCAUGGAUGCGCCGAGCGCUUGUUCCGAGAUUACCUGGAACAAUGGGCACCCAAAUGGACGGCCGUCUACAUCUUCCACGGCGCGGCCAGCGUCCAAAGGAGCCUCUUGUUUGAAUAUUCAGGACGAUUCCGAAACCAUGCCUGCACUGUCCCCCGAAAUUGAGCUCGGAAGGGGAGAUUUUCCGGGCUGGAAAAAGGUCCCUCUCUAUGCUCCAAGAAGUGUCGAACGCAAAGACUGGCAGCAAACAGUAAGACGGGAGCGUUAUUCUACCGUUCUAGUCCCGCCAGAGUCUGCUACUGAUGGGACGCAUGGUAACGGCGUGCAAGGCGAAGUCAACAUGUCCAGCCCUGCCAUCUCCGACAUGUCUUUUGCAUCUUUGCGGGGGCAGACCUCUAUCCAGUCGCAUAUUGAUAGAGAAGCCAUGAUCCGAGACUGGGAAAGCGAGGUCGAGCAGCAGUCAUCGCCCAGUGGUCGAGAGCGGUUAUCUAAGGUGCUCUGCAAUGCAUGGGCGGAGGGUACCACUAGAUUGAGGCAAAAGGGUGCUAAACGCAUUGUUGUGUGA